AUGUGUGUUUAUAGCGAAUUAGGUGGGGGCGCAUACAAGUUUGAGGAUGACUUCAGAGCGGUGGCUGGUUUGGAGCUGCAGAAGCUGGAUGAACUGGACUGUCUUAUUCAAGGUCUGCUGUACGUUGACUCAGUUGGGUUCAAUGGCCAUCCCGAGUGUUAUUUUUUCCAAAAUCCCUCCGACCCUGAAAACUGUGUCAAGAGGCCAUUUAGCCUGGAGAACCCUUUCCCUAUGUUGCUGGUAAACAUUGGCUCGGGGGUUAGCAUCCUUGCUGUCUAUUCCAAGGAUGAUUACAAGCGAGUCACAGGCACCAGUUUAGGAGGUGGUACGUUUCUAGGCCUGUGUUGUUUGCUGACUGGCUGUGAGACAUUUGAGGAGGCCUUAGAGAUGGCAGCUAAAGGGGACAGCACAAAUGUGGACAAACUAGUGAAGGACAUCUAUGGAGGCGAUUACGAACGCUUCGGUCUCCAGGGUUCCGCCGUUGCAUCCAGUUUUGGUCAUAUGAUGAGCAAGGAGAAACGUGACAGUAUAAGUAAAGAGGAUCUGGCCAGGGCCACUCUUGUCACCAUCACAAACAACACUGGUUCCAUCGCCCGCAUGUGUGCAGUGAACGAGUGUUGCCUUGUGGCAUGGAGAUCAAGCAGCAUUGUACAGGGCUAUCACAGCACACUGAACAGCCACAAGAUGGAUAAAUGUUUGGGGUUGGGUUAUUUUGGAGCUGUUGGUGCCUUCCUAGAGCUACUGAAGAUGACUGAAGACUCCUGA